UGCAGCGUUGGACAAUCACGCCAUACUUCCAUUGAAUGAAAACACGUAACGAGAUCGUUGGUGUCAAUUACUCCCAAGGAGUCGAAGUCAGGUGUCGCUAGUUUAUUGUUCCAUUGAGUGGAUUAAAUACUGAAAACAUGCGUUUGAGCAUCAAUCACAUGCUAGUUCGCCCAGCGACACUAAUUUGCAAGCUUAGGAGUAUGGGCAAUGCCAAGAGCCUUGCGCCAAAUGGUUUCAGGGCGCCAAGAAAGCCUAUGUUUCAAACACAUAGUCCCUGUACCAUUAUGUCAGCGUCUUAUAGUUCUUACAAUGUAACUGUCAGAACUGGGGAUCGAAAAAAGGCAGGAACCGAUGCCAAUAUUCGGAUAGUUCUACACGGAUUAGAAGGUCAGAAGACUACUGCGGCCAAGUUAGACAACCUUUUCCGAGAUGAUUUUGAGCGCGGACGGACGGACAAUUUCACAGUGGAGGACGAGGUGGACAUUAAAAGUAUUUCUAAGAUAGAAUUAUGGCGAGACAACGCUGGCGUAUCAUCUGAUUGGUACGUAGACACCAUCGAAGUCUGCAAUACAGCUUUCCCCAGCGACACUUUCAUCUUUCCCAUCUACAGGUGGGUGAAAGACAACUACCGCUACAGUAUCUUUCAUCUGGACACAUUUCUCCCUCAGAAUGACCCUAACCCCGAUCAACGCCACAUGGAAAUCGCCGAUAAAAGGAGUUCAUACGUAGUUACACAGAAGGUCAAGGACGCAACAGCUCAGGUUAAACAAAUUCCAGACGAUGAGCAGUUUUCUUUUGAUUACAAAUGGAACAUUGCAACGAGGAAAAUCAAGAUGAUUGCUCAGAGCAAAAUCAUUAAUUUAGUGAGUGGCACCUGGGAGAGUCUGUCUCAUCUGAAGAAUGUUUACACCUCAGAGAUCCUUAAGGAACCAGCAAGUACCACCAGGUGGAGCAAUGACAUCUUUUUUGGACUCCAGAGAACCGCCAACAUGAACCAUUCCGUUAUCAAUCUGUGCACCAAAAUUCCGGAAAAUCUUGCGGUGACAGAAGACACGCUGAGACCAUUCUUGGAAGGAUGGACACUACAACAGGUGUUUGACUCUAACCGACUUUUCAUUGUCGACUACAAGAUCCUGGAAGGUCUUCCCUGUAAGAACGAUAAUUACAUGGUAUGUGCCCCCCUGGCACUGUUCUUUUUGAAUGGCGAACAACACCUGGUUCCCAUAGCGAUACAGCUGAAACAAAAACCUGCAGAAGACAAUCCGGUUUUCCUUCCCACAGAUCCACUGUGGACGUGGAUGAUGGCCAAGAUGUGGUUUAACAAUGCGGAUGCAUCCUACCAUCAGUCCCUCACACAUCUAGGGUUUACCCAUCUUUUGAUGGAGGGAGUGGUAGUAGUGACACACCGAAACAUCUCUCAGUCACACCCGCUGUUUAAACUCCUGGCUCCUCAUUACCUGUAUCUCAUAGCCAUCAACACGCGUGGCCUUGAGUUACUGGUAUCAGAAGGAGGCUGGGUCGAUAAGACCAUGAACAUUGGCAUAAAGGGAAUGUUUGAACUCAUCAGGCGAGGGAUCAACGUUUGGAGAAUGGACCAGCACGGCACAUUGCCAGAAGAUUUAAAGGCUCGUGGGAUGUUGAAUUCCAAAGUGUUGCCAUGCUACCAUUUCCGAAGUGAUGCUCUCCCUUUGUACUGGGCGAUCAACACAUACGUCAAAAAAUACGUGAAUCUUUAUUAUGACACACCAGACAAGAUCACUGGCGACUGGGAGAUACAGAACUGGGCAAGUGAGCUGGUCAAGCCUCGUGAAGAAGGCGGCUGUGGAAUACUGGGGGUCCCUGGUAAUGGCAAAAUUGAGAACCAGGACCAGCUGAUAAUCAUACUUACCAGCAUCAUCUACACAUGUAGUGUCGCCCACGCGGCCACCAACUUCCCACAGUAUGACGAGUACGCCUUUCCUCCAAACUACCCUGCGUCUCUCGGUGGAAAACCUCCAACAGACAAGACUCCCUUAGAAGAGAAAGAUAUUUUGAAGGCCCUCCCAGACAAACCAACAACAUUAGAUGUGAUGGUAGUCACCAAGAUCCUUAGUGACAAAGGAACAAAGAGCCUGGGUGACUUUGAAGUCCAAUAUAUAUUUGAUCCACCAGCAAGAAAAAUUGUUCAAGAGUUUCGUGAAGAAUUGAAGGAAAUCAGUAAACAGGUAAAAGAGAAGAACAAGACGAGGAACCCACCGUAUGAGUGGCUGGACCCGGAAGUUGUUCCAAACUCCAUCAGCAUCUGAUAGGCCUAAGGCAGAUGCCCCUUAUUAAGGGGAGAUAAACUCUGUAAAACCGCAAGAAAAGGAUAACUCAAAGGGCUAAAUGUGUUCGACAAAACUAGAAACAUGGAUUUCAACAAGAUAAAAAGAUGAAUUUUAAAAAAUUGGGUAUCAUGUUGUUGACGUUGCUUUGAGUAACAAUGCUUCAAAAAUGUGUGUAGCUUUCAGCGCUAUGUGUAUAUCUCAACCUACUUUUACACUCUUUCUUAUAAAAUGCACGAGACAAUGGCAUUUAAGAAGAUUGAUGAUAUGUCGAGGACAUGAUAAGAAGUAUGAAGCAGCAGAUGAAAAGUCAUAGGUGAUAAAUUAAAAAGCACAAUAGAAUUGAGAUGCAUCCAGUUUUGAAUUGGCAAGAUAGAUUUUUUCACAAGAUGUGUUAAUAUAUCACGAUGUCAAGGUUAAGGUGAUACGUUAAAUGUCAUGUGAUGAAUCAGCUGAUAUUGUCGUGUUACUAGCAGAGAAAUUUGUCAUGUGAUGAGCUAGGUGAAAUUUUCAUGUUAUAAAGAUAAUGCACUGUUACCAGGUGUCAUUAUAGUGUACAAUCGAUAUGGAUACAAUUUGGAUGACAGAUAAAUAGAAUGUCACCCAAUAGGGCGAUAUGAUCAUUAAUCUGUCACCCAAAUUGUAUUCACAUCGACUGUAUAUUUCCAUCUUUCAACAGUUCAAUGUUUAUAUUUACAUUCAUACAAUAUUUCCAUCAACUAAAAUAAUUUCCCGUUCAAACAAAUACUGAUGUCAUUAUGUUGAAAAUCCAAAAAACAGCCGAAAUGCUUUAGUUUGCCUUGUCAUUAUAAAUAGCAUUCGCAUGAAAUAUUACAGUCAUUUUUUAAAAUCUCAGCAAAAUUUCACUUAGCGAUGUGUCUAGUGUUUCAUCAAUAAUUGUUUCCAUUUUGUGACAUGGAGUGGAUUGAUGUGAUUUUUUUGGGAUAGAAUAAGCAUGACCCAUUGAAAUUAUCACUGGAAGUCGACCCAGGCAGUAAGUAACGACAUUUUGUUUGUAACGGAUACUAUAUUGUGUACGUGGACAGACAGAUCGAUCUCUAGCAGACAAAGUUGAAAAACUUAGUAAUCUUGUAUAUAAUGGCUUUAUUAAGGAUUUUGUGGCAAAGAACAUUUUCUUUUAUAGUUUUAUGACUUUUUAAAGUUAUUUAUUUUUGUGACGGCCCCUUACUUAAGUCAAACAACUUCGGACAUCUUAGCAUAUUGAUACCGAAAACCACCGGUGGCCAUUUUUUGUUUACCUGGGUAACAUCUAUGGCCAGCCCAGUAAACAAGAUGUGAUGAGGCAGAUGAAGUGCCAUGUGAUGGCCUGGCUGUGACGUGACAAUCCAGAGGCUAUAACGUUACAAGCUAGAUGGUAACAUCAUGUGAUAAGCUUGGUGAAGUUUCAUGUAAUUCCCAGAAAGGUCAUAUAAUGAAGGGUAGAGUUAUGUCAUUUAGCUAGUUAUUUUUCAUACAUGCACGAGGUGUCAAUUGGUAUGCUUUGUGAUAUGUGAUAUGCUUUAUAUGAAACAUGAGACAAUUAUAGUAAGAUCAUUUUUAUCGACAUAACUUGGUACAAAAACUUGCACACUACAUUUUUUUCCUGAAGAAAUGUUUUUUAAGUCUGUUCUUAAGCUUAAGUCAUUUAUUAAUAUGUUCCUUAAAACGCACUUUGUGUAUUUUCUGAAUGCACAGCUGUGAUAAAACAUCGUCAUCAAAAAUAGACCCAAAAUAAUUUUCCUAUAUCAUAUGUUAUCAUCUUUUAGUACUUAUGCUUUUUUGUACUAUAUGUAGUGAUGUCUAUUUGUCCAUGUUUCAGGGUAUUUACUCUCUAUUCUAUCAAUUAUAUUCGCAAUCUUUGUGGCCAAAUAAUGUAUACCUUAAUAAAUUGCAUUGAUAUUCCCUUUAGCAAUAACUCCAUAUUGUACAGUAAUUGCAUACUUUUAUCAAUCACAAUGGUGUUCUGUUCCUAUAUGUGAAAAAUUGCGAUGCUUUUAAAUCUGAUUUCCAGAUAGCAAUUCCUGUUUCAGUACGUGCAAUUUUUGUCCUGUGGCGACGAAGGAGUGGAAGCGAGAUUAAAGUGUUGCUUUUGCGUCAGUAUCCUAAUUCAACGUGGUGCUCUUAUUUGUUAUGUUGUUAGAUAUUACAACUAACAUAAGGUCAAAACAAGAGAUGUGGUCCAUCUCUAGGCGGAAAUAUGGAACUUUGUCGCCUUCAAAAAAUGCAAAAAAGAUGGUUUAUACCUUGUGAAAACAAUACACUUUAAGCUGAUAGUUUUACUCACUCAUCGGAAUUCUUUAUUCAGGCAUUAUUUGUUUUAUACUUCGUAUCUUCUAAAAUUGUUUAGAAUUUGUGAGGGGUUUUCUCAGAAAAUAUGAAUAUCUAAGAGAAACAAAAUUUGGUGUACAUGUAGUUGGAUUUUACGAUGUACAUUUAACCCCAUAGAAGUUUGUUUGGUAUUGUGAAUGUAAUACCAAGAAUUCCUUGCAUAUUUUUUCCGUUCAUUUCCAAGUUCGCAAACAUACUGUCCCAGUUUCAUGGAUACAGGGUGUCAACAUUUUUUAUUCCAAUCGAUUUAUUCAUGAUCAUGUUUUUGUUUUGAUUUGACAAUUUGUUUAAAAUGUUAGUUUCUUUGAAUUGUAGUCAACGUCAUGAGCAUGCUACGUCUUGCAUGAAAAUAAAUUUCAAUUUUAAACAAAUGACAUGUAGAUUAAGUAUUACCUCACUCUUUUACACUGAAGAGGGAUAAAUGUUAUUGAAUUACUUCGUAAUGAGCAUUUUAUUCACAAUAAAUACAAACGUAUUAAAAACUUCCAUAUGAGAGCAGGAUGUGUAUGUAACUUAACCUGCACUUAAAUGUUCUAAGCUUAGAUACUUACAUGGUGUUUGUCCCGAGAUAAUUGGUUUAGAUUUCAUAUCUUAUACAGGUAGGUAAGGAUAAAACAAGUCCAGAACCUUUAAUUUCUUCUGCUCUUUUGAUAAAAGCAAUUAACGUGGAUAUAGACUAUUGUUUAAAUAUAUAUAUAUAGGUAUGAUGUAAUAUGGCAAUAUAAAACAUUUGAAGAAGAAUUAUUUACAGAUUUAAUAAUAUCAGUUUUAAAAUUUUUAUUUUUUCUACAAUGUAUAUCUUUAUGUUUGAUUAGUUUUAGGAAAAUGUUUUGUUAGAUAUGGCUAUUUGUUAGAAAUGCUUUCAAUUUUCCAUCAGUUCUUUGGUUACAUCUCAGUUACUUAUUUGCAUAAUACAACUGUUUAUUUCCAUCCAGUGAUGCUGAUAAAAUGUGUUCAGCUUUUGCACAUAUAUGUCAAAGUUUCUAUUCAAAAUAUAACUUGACUAAAUAUCAAAUCUUGACUUCAAAUAAAAGCAUAG